GCUGCCUCCUGUAGUAGAUCAUAAUUUUUUAUAUUACAAUAAUGACAUGUGACUUGAACCUCCCAUUCAUGUAUUCUUAUCUAUAAAGCCAAGUCAUUCCAUGUGAAGUUAGAGACAACCAAAUAUGAGUAUAAUCUCUUAUUACAACGAGGAAGAAAAGGGAAAGGUUCUUGAGGACCUGACCUCCAAUGUGAAGCAAAUACAAGAUGAUUUGUUGAAAGAGAUACUCACCCUUAACUCAGGAACAGAGUAUCUCCAAAACUUCCUUCAUGGAAGCUCUGCUAAAGAGCUCUUCAAGAAAAACUUACCAAUAGUCACUUAUAAAGAUGUGAAAACUUACAUUGAUCGUGUCGCGAAUGGAGAGCCAUCGAAUGUAAUAUCGGCUCUACCCAUUACAAAUUUCUUCAACAGUUCGGGAACUUCUGGAGGAGCAAACAAAAUACUACCUACGAAUAACAAGUAUUUGGAUAGCUCUGCAUCCAGUACAGAUCUCAUCGCGCACGUUAUACGCAAGCAUGUGAAAGGUGUGGAGAAAGGAAAAGGGAUGCUGUUUUUCUUAACAGUGCACGAUACCAAGACUCCAGGUGGCUUGCCCAUUGAUGACGGAAUAAGCUGGUACCUAAAGAGCGACUAUUUCAAGAACCGGCCAUCUACUUGGUUCUACUCUUAUACGAGUCCUGAUGAAGUUAUGUUAGGCAGUGACCUCAAACAAAACCUUUAUUGUCAUUUGCUAUGUGGUCUUGUUCAAAGAGAUGAGGUCACGAGAAUAGGUUCCGUAUUCGCUUCAAGUAUUGUCCGAGUAAUCAAGGUUCUCGAAGAUUCUUGGAAGGAGUUGUGUUCUGAUAUCCGAUCAGGCCAUCUCAGUGAAUGGAUCACCGACUCUGGUUGUAGAAACUCUGUUACAUUGGUUCUAGGAGGUCAGCCCCGUCCCAAAUUAUCAGACGAGAUUGAAAGUAUAUGCAGCCAAAAGUCCUGGAAUGGUAUAAUGAAGAAACUAUGGCCACAAACCUUAUACAUUGAAGCUAUUGUUACAGGUUCAAUGGCGCAGUAUGUUCCUACACUGACACAUUACUGCGGUGACCUGCCUCUUGUUUCAACAAUUUACGCUUCUUCGGAGUCAAUUUUCGGUAUUAAUACUGAUCCUUUGUCUAAACCUGAAGACACCUCUUACACGCUCCUGCCCAACUUAUCUUACUUCGAGUUUAUACCAAUGGAGGGAGGCAAUAGUGAUGUUGUGGACCUAGCGGACGUCAAACUCGGCUGUUCUUACCAGUUAUUGGUCACAAACUUAUGGGGUUUGUAUAGGAUGAGAAUCGGAGACAUUGUAAAAGUGACUGGAUUCCACAACAAGGCACCUAAGUUUAGGGUUCUAGGGCGAGAGAACACGUUGUUAAGCAUUGAUACGGACCGGACAACUGAAGAGUACUUGUUAAAGGCGGUGAAUCGAGCAAGGCUAGUUCUUGAGUCAUCAGAUCAAAGGCUUGUAAAUUUCACUAGCUAUGCUGAUAUCUCCAGUAGUCCUGGUCACUAUGUGAUAUAUUGGGAAGUAAAAGCUAAAGAAGAGGAAAUGAAGGACCUUGAUGAAAAGACAUUCUUGGAGUGUUGUUUAGUAAUGGGGGAUACGUUUGACGAGGAAUACAUGUACUGUCGGGCUAACGAAUUUAUAGGUCCUCUUGAGAUAAGAGUUGUGAAUGAAGGGACGUUCGAUUCUCUUAUGAACUUGUCCAUCUCAAAAGGUGCUUCGAUUACUCGAUACAAGACUCCAACAUGCAUCAAAUCUGAAGAGGGCUUACAA